CCACGUCACUGUGUUUUUCUGUUGCGUUCACAGCUCACACCGUGUAUAAAACCCACCAUCUGAUCCGAUCCGAUCCGAUCUGAUCUGCUGCUCACUUGAUAAUCCUCCUGGUGUGGUCUGAUCCGUCCCGCAGACACAGCGUUAACGCUUAGGACAUCAUGUCAUUACUGGAGACGGAUGACAGCUACGAUUUCGUCUUCAAACUGGUCCUGGUCGGGGAUGUCGGGGUGGGUAAAACCUGUGUGGUGCAGCGAUUUAAAACUGGCACUUUCAUCGAGAGACAGGGCAACACGAUCGGGGUGGAUUUCACCAUGAAGACCAUGGACAUUCAGGGCAAGAGAGUCAAGUUGCAGAUUUGGGACACGGCAGGACAGGAGAGGUUUCGAACCAUAACACAGAGCUACUACCGCAGUGCCAACGGUGCCAUCAUCACAUACGACAUCACAAAAAAGGCCACUUUCCUGGCUGUGCCCAGGUGGUUGGAGGACGUCAAGAAGUACGGCGGCUCCAACAUCGCCACCCUGCUCGUAGGUAAUAAAUCUGACCUGACCGAGCAGCGUGAAGUCACUCUGGACGAGGCUCAGGCGAUGGCGCACCAGCUGGACUUCAUCAGCGCCAUCGAGACCUCCGCCAAGGACUCCAGCAACGUGGACGAAGCGUUCAACAAGAUGGCAGCUGAGCUGAUGCUGAGGCACGGCGGGCCCGUGUUCAGAGACAGCGUCACCGACAGCUUCAAGCUCAACAGCAGGGAUGUGAGCAGUGACGCCUGGGGCUGCAGCUGCUGAUGUCGGGUUUCGGUUCUAGGACGGUUGAGAUGGUAUCAUCACCUGGUUCAGCCUACGUGAAGCACGGCAGCCGGCGAUGAUGUUAAAUGAUCGAUCCAGCUAUCGAUCAGAUCAGUGUUUGAUAUUCUGCCUGGUUUUCAGGGCGUGGCCUUAUCAGGGCUUGAAAUGUGUUUUGAAAGAUGAAGAAGUGAUGAAUGGCUGCAGGCGCUUGCUGGUCGUUUUGUGAGAAUCAGAGCCGACUUUAGGUAUAAUUAUAAACAUAGAACUGAUCGUUUUUAUAUUCGAAUUCCACCAAGUUUUGAGUUACUCGGUUUGAUGCUUCUCACACUUGCCUUAAGUUAAAGGUCUAGUUCAUCAAAGAUAAAACAUAGACUUUAUUGUGAAUCAUUCCACAAAUGUGCUUAAGUUUAAACGUGGCAUUAAAUCUAUUUUUUAAGGUAGCUCAGUUUAGAAAUGAUGAUAUGAAAAUAUUUUCUAUUUUAGUGUUUACUCCUGCUUAUUUAUACAGCACAAUCUUUUAGUAUGGGACGUUUUUAUUACUGGAACUGCUGCUGAGAUCUCAAUCUCAAUUCACAUCUCAAUUAGCACAGAAGUCUAAGCUGGUUUAAGACUUUAACCCAAGACACGAGACUAGGUGGAGGUGGGCUAGCGUGUUGGACUGCAGUAGCACCCAGUUUGCAUAUUUGUACGUGAUAAAUUAGAUUAUUGUGCUAAUAUCUGGGUGCUCAGUUGGCUCAGCGGUCUAAUAAACUAUCCCAUCACCGUCAAGCCUUGACCUAAUGCACCUUUAUAAUUCAAAUGCUUUUAAUGGAGCUUUCCGUGUCCAAGUUCCUGUUUAUUAUCAGGUUUUAAUGAGGAUCUGAAGGAAAAGUGUUGGAAUGUGAGCGAACUUGAAGUCUGUCUGUUGUGCUUUUGUCAGUUUCUAAAACAUUUCCAAUCUUGUUUUAUUCUGAGGUUUAAGAACAGUGUAGAUUUUGUGUUUUUUCCUCUCAAGGCUGUGUUAAGAUGAGCUCUCUAAAUAAUUUAGCAACUAUUAGACUUUAAAAAGUUCGGAAGCCACAUAUUUGUACUAUUUAUUUUCACAUCCUGUUCAGCUGUACAUGACUGGAAGUUUAAUAUUUACCAUAAAGUUGUACAUUUUGUUAUAAAAUAAAUAAGUUAUAUAUUAGAUACAAUAUAUGAAGAACCACUUUCCGCUUUUGUAUGUAUGAAAGUUUGUAUUCUAUGGUUGUUUAGUUUUUUAAUCAUUAGUAUGUUAGUUAGGUUUUUAGAGCAUUUUGGAUACCGAGUUGAACUGAAUUGAAAGUAAAUCGUAAUGACGUGCCUUUAAAUGACGUUUUGAUAACGUUAUUAUAAUGACGAUGUAUAUUUCUCUAGGAAUAAACAAAUACUAUGCAUUUAUAAUGCUGUCUGAUCAAACGUUGACGUGUUUUCCUAAAUGCCAUUCAAAAUCAUUGAAUGUUUUAAUGAUAGCUGUUUAUAACGAACUGUCAAUGUUAAUUUCUUUAUGAAUAAAACAGCUGGAUCAUUAAGAGUGACAAUAAUUCUCAGCA